CCCAAGCAAUUGUUCAGUUGUUCCUACUCAAUUCAAUCCUUGUUCCUCCUCUUCCAGUUUUUCUUGUUCGCUCUCCCUCUUUCACAGUGAAACAUUUAAUCCCGCACUUUCCAGUUGUCACCAAAAUCCCAAAAACUCUUACUUUACUCGGUGGAUUGCUCUCAAAGGGCCAAAAAGUGACAUUUGGAAGAUGAUAAUUUAGGAUUUUGGAGCUUCAUGUGAGAUUUUACAGAGCAACGGAGGAUGAGUACCUUUCAGAUUACUUCCUCCCAACCUAGCAUCUGUUUCAGAAACACGUCUCAAGCUCUUCGUCCAUCUCCAAAGCUUCUUGUUCCAACUUGUUUGCAGCCAACCUAUAAUGCAUCCAUUCGGCAACAACGGAUGCCGGUUUUGAAGGCUCAGCAAUGCAGGGUUUUAUCCAAGUACCAUCAAUCUGCACCUGUCUGCGUGUUAGGUGGCAAGGGAAAGAGUGAAAGUGGUGAUGAGGGUUCCCCUUGGAAAGCCCUUGAGAAAGCAAUGGGUAAUUUGAAGAAGGACCAGUCGAUAGAGGAUGUAUUACGUCAGCAGAUUGAAAAGAAUGAAUUUUAUGAAGAGAGAGGAGGAGGUGGUGGUGGUGGUGGUGGCAGUGGCAGAGGCAGUGGCGGUGAUGGUGCAGGUGGUUCUGGAUCAGAGGAUGAAGGCCUUGCUGGAAUCAUGGAUGAAACACUGCAAGUGAUUCUCGCAACCGUUGGAUUUAUUUUUCUGUAUUUUUACAUCAUCAGCGGUGAGGAGUGGACUCGGCUAGCAAAGGACUAUAUCAAGUUUCUCUUAUCGGGGUCCAAGAGUAUUCGUUUACAGCGUUCCAUGUACAAAUGGGGAAGGUUCUACAAGAAUCUGACUGAGAAGAAGUAUUAUGAUAAGUUCUGGUUGGAGAAGGCCAUAUUCACUACCCCAACUUGGUGGGAUAGCCCCGAAAAGUACCGGCACAUCGUUAGAUCUAAUUUAGAAUCAAAUUCAGAUGAAUAACCCAGCCCAGGUCACAUUGCAUAACCCUUCCCUCUACGUUGUUUGUGUUGAUUUUGGAGGAUGGUAUAAGUCUUCAGUUUAGCACCUAUAUUUUAUUGUUUAUUUUUUACAGUUGGGAUUAAAGGAUCAAA